GGCGGGGCCUGACGCCGGGGACGCCGGCCCGCUGAGUCUGAGCGCCCGCGGGCGCAGAGCGUCGCUGACCGCCUAGCGGAGGGUGUGCGAGGCCUCGCAGGACGAUGUGCGGCCGAACCUCCUGCCACCUGCCCAGAGACGUGCUCGCGAGAGCGUGCGCCUAUCGCGACCGGCAGGGCCGGGAGCGGCUCCCCGAGUGGAAGGACCCCGACAAGUACUGCCCCUCGUACAACACGAGCCCUCAGUCCGACAGCCCCGUGCUCCUGUCGCGAGUGCACUUCGAGAAGGGUGCAGACUCAUCAGAGCGCGUCAUUGCCCCCAUGCGAUGGGGCCUGGUCCCAUCUUGGUUCAAAGAGGAUGAUCCUUCCAAGCUGCAGUUCCACACUACCAACUGUCGCAGUGACACCAUCAUGGAGAAGCGGUCCUUCAGGCUACCUCUUGAAAAGGGAAGACGCUGUGUCAUUUUAGCAGAUGGAUUCUACGAGUGGCAGAAAUGUCUGGGAACAGCCCCAAAGCAGGCAUACUUCAUCUACUUCCCCCAGGCCAUCACCGAAGAGUCCGGCAGCGUGGAUGUCACAGCCAGCCUUGAGCUCUGGGAGAAAGUCUGGGGCAGCUGGAGGCUGCUGACGAUGGCGGGGGUCUUUGACUGCUGGGAGCCCCCGGGAGGAGGCGGCCUCCUGUAUUCCUACACCGUCAUCACGGUAGAUGCCUGUAAGAGCUUGAGUGACAUUCACCACAGGAUGCCUGCCAUACUAGAUGGAGAGGAGGAAGUGUCCAGAUGGCUUGACUUCGGUGAGGUCUCAGCCCAGGAAGCCCUGAAGUUAAUCCGCCCCACAGAGAACAUCCGCUUCCACGCGGUCUCCUCCGUGGUGAACAACGCCUGCAACAGCUCUCCGGACUGUGUGACUCCUGUCAACCUGCUGGCCAGAAAGGAGCUCAAGGCGAGCCGUAGCAGCCAGAAGAUGAUGCAGUGGCUGGCCACAAAGUCACCCACAAAGUCACCCACAAAGGAAGACCCCCAAACACCCCAGAAGGCAGAGCCGGAUGUGCCCCAGUGGCGCAGCCAGGUCCUGCACAAGAGCCCGCUCCCCCCCAAGAGAGGCGCUGCGGCCCUCCUGGCGCGGUGGCUGAAGCGGGAGGAGCCCGUGGCCAAGCGGCCUCACAGCCAGUAGCGGCACACAGGACGGUCCCCACGGUUCGCGGCGCUCCUGUGGCGGCUGGUGACGGGUGCUUGCGGAUUUGCUUCGGGGUGCGGUGGCACGGCAGCCGGCAGCCGCGGGCCCAGGGCUGAGCAGCGGUCCUGCCAGGAAGCCCCAGGGAGGCACAGGGGCAGCCUGGGGGGCGGGGGGCGCCCCUGGCCGCUCGUAAGGGGCGUUGGCUGUGGCCCCUCCGGGUUUGCCUGGAGGACCCUGCUGGCGGCUCUCGGCCCUGACCUGGUACCGCUCACGGAAGGCUGUUUGCUACCAGCCUGUGGAAUUAAGUUCUUAAAACAUUGUAUUUUUUUCCGAAUAAAUUAUAUUUGAUAAACUGUCUA